GUCUCUGUGUAUCCGGUCUGCCUUGACGCGGGUGUAACCGUGUAGCCGUAGCGUAGCGACAGACGGUCUGGUACCAGUCGACGGUGACUCUCUCCUGCAGUCUAACUCUUGUAAACAUUGAUAUCUCCCGUGUGUUCUACCGGCGCUGUUUACCGUCAACAUGUCGCACACCGUCAUCACCACAACCACAACAACGACCAGGACGUCCGGUGACGGUGUCCUGAACAUGGGCUACACCCGGACCAUCCCGGGACUGCUGAAGAUAGGACAGCUGCUCGCCCUGCUCGUCGCCUUCCUCUGCGUCCACCUUGCUCGGGGUUGGCCCAGCUGGGCAGCGUUCCAGUACUUUGUAGUGGUGACGCUGUGGUUCCUCAUCGCCUUCUUCAUCUUCCUCCUCAUGCACCUGUUCAGGCUGCAGGCGAAGAUGCCCUGCAUCAACUGGCCGCUGACGGAGUUCUUUCAUUACUCCGUCGGGACCGUCCUCAUCUUAAUCGCCUCCAUCAUCGCUGCUGUGAAGAGCGGAGGAGUUUCAGCACUGGUGGCCGGAUCGGUGUUUGGGUUCAUAGCGACGUUCCUGAUGGCCGUUAGCUUGUGGACGUCUUACAGCGUGACCUGCGGCCCUCAUCAGACCGGUGCAGCCGUGUAAGAAGGCUCCAGGUGGCUGUGAAGGCAGUUUCCUGUGUCCUGGUCAAUUAUCUGCCUAGCAACCACCUGGAUAAUUAACCUGAUGGGAUUAUAUUUCUUACUACAGAGGUAAAGGAACAGCUGAUCAUCACGGUAAAACCCUGACAGGACCGUAGUUACAGUAUUAUCGGACUUCUAAAGUCACAUUUUCAUGUUAAAGGUGCUCCGUCACAUUUUAACCAUCAAUGUAUCAAUAGAAUCAGUAUCAAUGAAUGACAAUCCCUCACCUGGUUUUGUUGUUUCGACUACAUUUCCCAUCACCCCCUGCUGCUUCCCACCCUGACUUUCCUUCCCAGAAAAGGUAGACAUGUUGGUUUUUAAUUUCCCCUCCUUCCACCUUCUGCUUUCAAAUAUUUAGAGAAGCUUUUUAGAGAAGUUGAAACUGUGUUAGCUCUAAAAGAACAGUGCCCUCUUCCUGUUGUGUGCCAUAAAACAAUCCUGACGAUUUCCCGCCAAAAUCUCACAGGUCAGCUCGCAGUAGCAGUCACGAGUCGCCUCUUUGUUGCACUUCCUCGGUGGUUUACAGCACCUAGCUUGAUUUGCUCGAUUCAUAAUCAAAAGUCUCAUUCAUUCCAACUUUUUUUAUUCUACUUUUAAAAUUCCUCAAGCUCAGUAAAAAGCAAUCUGGACCACGGAUGCAUUAAAAUCUUUUUAAAAAUCCCUUUUCUUAAAUGCCCAGAAAUCAAAUGAUGCACAGUGAUAGCCUGCUAUGCUAAUUGUUGCUAGCACACUAAAAAUCAUUAUUCAAGGCUUCGUCCGAAAUCUCAUACUAUGCAUAAAAAGUAUGCAAAAACGACAUACUUAAUAUAUGUACUAUCGUUCAACAUACUUUGGUGUGACUAAACAGUAGUAUGUAUCUGAGCAGUAAUUUAAGUCGUCACUUUCUGACAGCCUCCUUGACGGUUGGAGACGUGUAACCAUGGUAACCAGUGCCAACCUCAUGUGACCAAAACGAUGGUUUGUGAGAAUCAAAGUCUGAAUUCAUUUAAAAUAUAAAUAUUACGCUAGAAAAGUGAAAUCGUAUACUUACAGUUAAAUUGAAGCGUUAUUGAUGUUACAGAGCUGUCCGUCAACAUCUGUUAUUAACGUUGUCGUCUACCGCAAUGCAUUGUGGGAUAUUUAUUCCGCUGUGGUGUCCAGCGUUGCAUACUGUAAUAUUUCACCGGAAAUAGUAUGCAAUUUGCGCACUAUUGGUUCCACACUAAGGUUUCGGACUUACUAAAAUAUCCCACAUACUGUCUUAGCUACUAAAUAGUAUGUUAGUGUGGAAUUUCGGACGCAUCACUAGUGUGUUAACAAACAUUAACAAGCUAAUAUUUUACAGAAAAUAACUUGCAUGCUAAGGACUUUGUUAGCAUGCUAAAAAAUAACUCAGGGGCUAAUGUGUGCUAAAAAAACAAAACAAUAGCAUGCUAAACGAUUCUGUGAAUUGACACAAAAGUAAACAUUAGCAUGCUAACAAUGCAAACAAACACAAAGAAAAGUGCUUUAUCUCUCUGGAAUUAAAAGCUAAGUCUGGUGAUAAUUUAUAUUUUUGUUAUUGUCAACAAAUCCUGUGUGCAGAACCAAACCAACAAUUAUAUCCUGAAAUACUCACUAAAUUGGAUUAGAUUAAUCGGCCACUGAAAAUAGUCCCCAACAAAUGCACUAUUUCCUCCUGUUUGUUUGAUAAAAACAACAGUGAGCAGCUGUUUUAAACAUGAAACUAUAUACAGUAUUUGUGUUUUUAAAGUCUUCCGUAGGAACCAAUGGGCUUGGAGCUGAGGAUUGAGGAUUUGGAUCUGCACAUGGGAUUUGUUGACAAUAAGAAAAAUAUAGAAUAACACCAAAGAUAUCCUUCAAACAGUAAUUUCACUACUGUGCUGAAAAUAAAAGGAACCAUUGAUUUGAGAUAACCAUCAAGUGAACUAAAUCUUCCUUUAUGUGGGUGCGGCAGUGACGCCCAUGAAGCAUCACAUUAACUUCCCACAGUCAGACACACUGUCUGCUGUGGAAAUCAAUUUUCUGUUAACUUCAGUUUAGUAUCAAAGGACAGCAUUUAUUACAGUUUCACCACAAUAUGCUGUUCUUCCUGUUUUUCCUCUCAGACGGGACAUGCACGACUGUCCUUGGUGCUUUUAAAAAAAACAAAAAACUGUUAAAUGUUGAAUUUAAAUUCAAUCUGAAUUUUCAGAAAGCACAUCAGUAACAGUUUUAAAUGAUGCCAAAAAAAAGAGAGCAAUGUCUUCAUUAAAGUAAAAAUGUUAUUAUGAUUUCUAUGAAGCCAGUCGGGGUCAUAUGGUAGAGAACAUUACUGGAAAUCUGUUUGCACGGACUAAUAAACUUUAUGCACAUAUUAAUAAAACGUGAUCAACAAAUUAAUAAAGCGUAUAAUAAAACAUUGAUGUUAAUAAAGAAAACAUACACAUGUAUUUUGUAUAGAUUGUACAGAUUAAUAUGUACUAGGGCUGUCAAUCAAUUAAAAUAUUUAAUCGCGAUUAAUCACAAAUUAAUCACACAUUUUAUCUGUUCAAAAUGAACCUUAAAGGGAGAUUUGUCAAGUAUUUAAUACUCUUAUCAACAUGGGAGUGGAAAAAUAUGCUGCUUUAAGCAAAUGUAUGUAUAUAUUUAUAAUUUGAAAUACAAUUUACACACAGAUUAAUCAAAUGUACACACAGAUGAAUAAAACAUUGGGCAGAUUAACAAAACAUGCCUACAGAUUAAUAAAACGUAUGCAUGAGUUAAUAAAACAUGUACCGAUUAAUAAAACCAACACACGGAUUAAUAAAUGUACAAACAUUAAUAAACCUUAAGCAUUACAAAAAUACUAAAAGAUGCACAAAAAUUAAUAAAUGUACACAAGGAUUAAAAAAACAGUUACGGGUGAAUUUAUAUGUGAAUCAAUAAAUUGUAUGAAGACAUACAGAUAAAAAUACAACAUAUGCAUGGAUUUAUAAAAUGUAUGUACAGAUAUGCAUCUGGCAUUCAGAUUAAAAGGAGAUAAAUAUAAUUGUUUUGAAAAAGCUUUAAUGUAAUGCAGCAUUUAAUGUCAUACCAGCUGAAUAAAAGCACAAUAUGUCAGAAAAAUUGUGAAAAAACUAUAAAUAUGCAGUGUGCUGCUGCACAUAGAAAACAUUAAACAGACACAACAAUUCUGUUUGACUGUUAAAGCACAAAAUAUCUCGAUACCUCUCCUGGUGUGUACUUUAUCCUUGCAUGUUGUAGUAUUUCCACCAUUUGUCUGACUUUGAUUAUCAAUCUGUGCUUUUAUUUAGUGAGUGUAAACACUUAAAUAAUCUGUGUGCACGGAUUUCCACAUCAUAUGGCCCCCGGCUCCGUAGUUUUCUGACCAAUCAGAGUAUCUGUGCCAUUAAACUGAAGUCUUCUUAAUAGUACACAGAUGGUUAGAAGUAGUGGAUUAAAAUGCAGUUUGUCUUUUAGUUCUACAAACAUUUCUGAUGGACUAAACAUUUGAUAGAAGCUAAGUGGUGAAGCAUAAUCUAGCUAUGUUAAGUUAGCUAUAGCUAGCAAGUUAGCUCUGUUAGGUAGCUUGAGAAAAUGGCCAUGUUAAUAUACGAUCAUUUCUCCAUAACUAGGGCUGGUUGUCUUUUGAAAUCUUUAGAGGUAAGUGCAGAUACGACGCAGAUAGCAAAACAAUAAAUUGGUGCAGGAAUGAGUCCUAAAACCUGGAAAUGAGUGAGCAUUUUAGCACUUCCUGUUCCCUUGUCUGAAAGUCAAUGGGUUUUUAGUUAGAUGCCUGAAAUAAGGUCUGUGGUUAACACAAGCUGAAGAGAUUUUAGCGUUUUGUUGUACGACAUAAAAUAGAUCAAUAAAUAUCCCACUCGUGAAUUUUGAAACUUUUAUGUGUCUGAAAAAGGGCGGUUGCUAACAAGUACUACUAAACAUCAUCACGCCGACUCGUCCUCCUUUACAGCCUCGUUGUGUAUACUCGCGCUCAUGUGACCGUAGAGUAGUUAGUUUAUAGCUUCACGUUAGCUUUUAACUUCUGGUGAUUGCAUUCACACUU